GGAAGUGUUGUCUCGCCGCAUACGCACUUCCGGGGGUGGGGUCGGGCCUGCUCUGCGCCGGCGGGCGGCUGGGCGCAGAGGGGAGCGGCGGCGGCGGCACUAUGGCCGGGAUCAAAGCUUUGAUUAGUUUGUCCUUUGGAGGAGCAAUUGGACUAAUGUUCCUAAUGCUUGGAUGUGCUCUUCCACAGUACAAUAGCCAAUACUGGCCACUGUUUGUUCUGUUUUUUUACAUCCUUUCUCCUAUUCCAUACUGCAUAGCAAGAAGAUUAGUAGAUGAAACAGAUGCUACAAGUAAUGCUUGCAAGGAACUAGCAAUAUUUCUUACAACAGGCAUUGUUGUCUCAGCAUUUGGACUACCUAUAGUAUUUGCCAGAGCACAACUGAUUUUGUGGGGAGCAUGUGCACUCGUCCUCACAGGGAAUACUGUCAUCUUUGCUACUAUCCUAGGAUUUUUCUUGGUCUUUGGCAGCAAUGACGACUUCAGCUGGCAGCAGUGGUGAAAGGAGUUUAGUACAGAACUGUCAUAGACAUCUUGUCAUUCAGUGGCCAUCCAUACAAAUGAGAGAAAGGGCAAUAAGGAGAAAUAGCAUAGCAAACCUUGGGUGUAUUUUAGAUCCUCCUUUUCACCUUGUUUAUUGUAAGUGUACUAUCUUGACUGACUUGCUGAUGGAUUUCAAGGUUUCUAUUGUUUGGAAAAAGACACUGUGUUCACUUCCUUUUAUCUAAAUAUGUUUAGUAUCUCACUUUAAAAAUUGUAAUUGUUGGUUCCAUUCUGUUUUUGUAUUUAUGCUACAUAUAAAUGCUGGAACAAGAAUUUUUAAAUGGUUCCAUUGAAAGUUUUUUUUUUUAAAAAGAGCAACAGUAAUAUUGAGUUAAAAGAUGAAAUGUAUCUUUUUUUUUUUCUUGACCAUGGUGACUAAAAUAUGAUGUACAAAGGAGACAAAGUAAGCAAUUUUACUGCCCAAACGACAGCAUUGUCAAUAAGCAAAUGUGUAUGGGGGUGGGGGUAUGCAUAAUGGGUGGGAGUACCAGUUGUAGACUUUUUCUGUUCAUACCUCACUAUGACUGAAGUAUUGAUGUCACUGGCUUGGGGAUGGGGCUUCUGCCAAUAAGCAGGUAAUUAUUUUCUGGGAUCUGAUUCCUAUGUUUUUAACACCCUUAAAGGAGUACUUCCCCCUUUUUGUUCUCAACUCUUGUAUGGGUGUGACAUGCAAAUCUCUUAUCUGUAAGUUUAUUGAUGCUAUAAAAUGCAAAAUUUAAAUUGCAUUGUUGAGAAAAGAAAACUGACAUUUAAUUCCAUUUUUCAAAAAAUCUGUGUUGAAAUGUUUCUAUUUAUAAGUAUUGUAUGUUUUUGGUCUUAUGUCAACUUUUCACAUUUUACCAAAGGGAGGUAAAAUGUUCAUUUAUGGAACUACUGAUGUGUGUUUUUGUUUUUUUUUUUUUGCAGUGGAUACAAAAUAUUUUCCCCGCUUCCCUUUUUAAAUUUAUUUUAUACAUAGUAUAUAUUGAGUAAAAUGGCUUUUCAAAUGUAGACUAACACUUAAAUCAUAGGUAUUUAACUUGUGUAAGAAAAUUGAUUGCUAUAUGAAUAUACAGUACCGUCAAAGCACAACUGUUUUGCAAGUCUUUGACUGAAAUGAUUUCCUAGUGACUGUCAGUCUUUCAGUUCAUGCAUUAUCUGUUAACAGUAAUGUUAUCUGUAAUAAUUGUAGUUCUUGUUCCAUAAGGCUAUAUCACCUGUAAUUUACAAUAUUUAAGACAAGUUUUCUGCAUACCUCUCAGUUGUCUGUUUUUAAUUGAAGCAAAUCCUAUUUAUUAGACAUUCAUCGUGGUAGACAGUGGAUUAAUGCAGAUUAGCCAGGCUUGAUUGUAUUAGAUGCAUCAAUAAAGCUGACCAAAAAUACUUCUUAAUCUAUUUUUAUUCAACUUUUUUUAAAAUGAAGAUUAGAAAGCUAACUGUGCAGGCAUGAUAAAAAUUGAUUACUUAGGUCUUAAUGACCAGUGCUUCAGUAUAAAAAAGCACAGAGUAAGUGGAUCUUGUCUUAUCUUGUUUGAAAGGGGAUUAUUUUAUUUACACGGAUGUAAACUAACUAUAAAACUGACUAUUUCAAGUCUGAUAGUUAUAUAUGUGAUAUUGUAUGUUCAAGAUACUUAGUCUAGUGUGUACAGCUAUCUGUCAGUCUACUAAAGCCACACAAUGUUGUGGCUUUGAGCAAUAUUCUCCAUAGCUAUAAAGGAACUGAAGAAUAAAGUCAUAGGUGUGCAGAAAGUGAGUCUUUAGCAGAUAGCAUUUCAGCCACCUGUAAAGACAUGUAACAGAAGAAUCUGCUGAGUAAGGUGGAAAUUUUCAAAAGUGCCUAAGUGAGUUAGAAGCAUGUCUCAUUGACUUUCAGUGGCACUUGUCCAUGCUUUUGAAAAUCUUCUAAACCAGUGGCUAAGGAUAGUACUUGCCUUCACACAAAAGGUAGCACUUGUGACUUUGACAGCUCCUCCCAGAUUCUUGAAUUUUUUUGACCUGUCCCAGUCAAUUGCCCAAGAAAUGAGUUCUGUUUUUCCCAUACCCACAUUGCUUUCCUAGUUGUCAUUGUAAUACCCUGUUACUCUUCCACUUGACCACAGAAUUUUUUAUAUUUAAUAGCUGUGUAUUUUUCUGUAUAUUUGCAUUGACAGCAUUGUGUUCUUGACCUUGCACACUAAUUAGACAUAGUGCUGUCUCUGGUUUCUAGGCUAGACACUUGAGAGGUAUGAUUUUUCCAUAUAAUAUGCACUGAAAUAGCAUUGCCAUCCUUCUAUAGAGAACUUUUAAUGAUGAAACAAUAAACAUUUUAAAUAUCA